GAAUUUAUACCCGAAAAACUUAAUCCUAAAGAACAGGUUAUUAAACUUGCUAAAGAAGAACAAUUGGAACAAGCAGUUCAAUUAGUUUUAGAAUCAGAGAUAAAUUCUGAGUCUGAAACUACAUGGAAUGAAUUGAUUUCCGAAUGUGUCAAUAAGGGCAGAGUAAAAUUAGGAAUAAGACUGUUAAACGAG